UGAAUUUAUGUUUUCAUUUUUAAAACUUAAAACGUCUAUUGACAGUACGAAACUAGUUGCAUUCUUUUUUAAGUACAAUUUCAGUGAAAUUUUUUUGGGUGGACUUUGGAUAGAUUUAUGAUUGAUAAAAUAUUGCUUAGAUGGUUAUGGAAUUUACUUUUGCUGUGCUUGAAUGUAUCUUGUGGUACAGCAUAUUUUUUUUAUUAAAUUUUUGAGAAUGCUGACGGAUUAUAAAUCACUGGAUAAAAUGGUUGUCGCUGAAUGAAAAUCAAUAAAUUCUAUAACUAAGCAUCGAUGGAGUUCGUGACGGAACUUCUUGCCAGAUUGGCUGGCUGGAACUUGUUUCGAACUAUUAGCAUUCGGCUAAAUUGUGUAAAGCUGAGAGAGAGAGAGAGAGAGAGAGAGAGAGAGAGAGAGAGAGAGAGAGAGAGAGAAAGGAACUGAGAAAGAGAGGAAGUGCAAGAGAGACUGGAAGGACUGACGUAGUUAAUAUUGCAUUACAGUGCGGGCGGUAUACGCGAACGUAGGUCUGUUGUUUAAAGUCGCCGUAGAAAAGAAGUAAAACAGUCAUUUGUUUUGUAAUCUUUUUUUUGUCGUUUUUCAAAAUAAUUCUGAACAAACCAGGACAAACCCAUUGGCGAUGGCGGAGGCAGAGGACGAAGCUAGAAAGAGACGGGAGGAAUGCGAGAGAAAGGCGAGACGCGGGGAGAUGGACCCUAGGCUGGAGUUUGUCUUCCAGAUCCUGAUGGAUGCUACUUCACUUCCAAGACACAAGGUCAUGGACCAUGCAUUUGAUGGAGAUAUGCUUGAUGAGAUAAAUCAGUUAUUUCUGCCACACGUGAGAUCUACUCUUAUAUGGUUUUACCAGGAAAUAGAAGAAUCGGAAGCUGUACGAUCUAUCGAUCUGGGACAGGUCAAGGGUUCACGCGUAGGGCCUAAUUCGUCGAUUACAAAGACAAAAGAACCCAGAGAACCCAAAGAACCCAGAGAACCGACGAAGAAGAAAUUAUUUUUAACUGACGGCUGGCAGGUUCCGUGCACAGGAAUCUGUAUAUAUAUGUUUCGUAUUAACAUCGCGAAGCAAUUGCCGGAAGAAGGAUUUCAUAGAGACCUCUACACCGGGGUCAUUGAUACGAAUAAGGUCAGCAUGAUAGCCUCGAUCCAGCGAAUAGUAGAUCGUGUCUUCAUGGAUGCCCUGGCCCAUCCCAGCCCCGAAGAGGAAGCUGAUUGCCCAAUGAUUAAGAGUCUAUUAUUACCUGGACUCAGAUCUUUCUGCAGUGCCUUAAAAGUCUGCGAGGAAGUGGCCGACGAAGGGAGUAUUUUUGACGAUGGUGAAUCAAUGAUGGCUGACAUCCACAACUUUGAAGAAACCAAGACGCUCAUAGCUAAGGAUGGCGUCGUGCUGAGAAUCGAAGAGAGAGUCAAAUCGUGGAUCAAAAAGCUGAAGGACUUUAUGCUGGAGAGCAAGCAGGUUAGACGUGAGAAUGACAAUUCUGGACCACAGCAGGAAUUAGAAUAUUGGAAGCGAAGGGGUGCGCAGUUCAGUCAACUUGCAGCUAAAUUACAGGAUCACGAAGUAAGGAUGUCCUUAUUAUGUCUUCAAGUGUCCCGGUCAAAAUUAAUAAAAGAAUGGGCGGAUGCUGAGGACGAGGUCACAUAUUGCUACAAUGAGGCCAAAGAUAAUGCGAAAUUUAUUCAAGCGAUGGAGAAAUGUUGUCACUGCUUGUAUCUCGAUGAUCCAGUCAAAAUGAGAGAUUCAUUGGUAUCGCUUUUGCAAACUGUUCGUCUGAUAUACAGUGUGUCGCGAUAUUACAAUACUUCCGAAAGAACAAGUUCGCUAAUGGUUAAGAUCACCAAUCAAAUGAUCGCUGCUUGCAGGGAUUACGUCACAAAGCGUGGACGUGAAAGCGUUUGGAAUCAAGAUAGAACUGCAGUAAGAUUAAAAUUGAAGCAUUGUUUACGACUCAAUAAGGCUUACAGAGAGACAUACAGACUUGUACGUUGCUCUCCAGCCGUUUCUGAACAGGAAUUUUCAUUUUCGGAAACUCACGUUUUCGGUAGAUUUGAUUCGUUUUGUUCGCGCAUUCGACAAAUUUUAACAAUGUUCGACCUCAUUGAGAAUUAUCAGAAACUAUUCGAAAGGAGAAUGGAAGGAUUACUUCUUGGUGAAGCAUUGGACGACGCUAUGAAGACAUUUGAAGAAGCAAAACGAAUGGCUACAAAUAAAUCAUACGACUAUUUGGAUCCAAGAAAUUCCGAAUUCGAGAGAGAUUAUGAGACUUUUAUGUCGAAGACCGAUACUCUCAAGCAGAGCAUAGGUAGCAUAAUAGAAAAAAAUUAUGCUGACGUGUGGGAGACGCCCCAAGGCAUCAGAUUCUUAACAAGAUUCGAAAAGGUGAGCGAAAAAAUUCCACUCACUAAACUCGACGAAAAAUACAACAUGGUUGUGCGCUAUUGCGAUAAAGAGAUUGAAAGAACAUUGAAGUUAUUCAAGAGACAAAAAGAUGAUCCGUCCUUGCCGAGGCACAUGCCACCCAUAGCUGGUAGACUGACCUGGGCCAAGUCUUUGAAGGUACAUUUAGAUGAGUUGGCCGCAUCUGUAUCUGGCCAUCCUGUUCUGAGAACUUUACCGCUGACUGCUGAUUUGGUACGAAGAUAUAACAACGCUGUAGCCAUAUUGCUUCAAUAUCAAACUGACGUAUCCGAUGUUUGGAAUCAUCAAAAUUCUUGGGUCAUUGAAGACUGCCUUCGAAGACCUUUAUUGGCCGUGGAUGAAGGAACAGGCAAGAUCAAGGUCAACCUGGAAUCUCGCAUUACACUCCUUUUGAGGGAGGCUGAUUGCCUUGCGAAACUUCAACUGGAAAUACCUAUCGUUGCUUUGACUAUCCUGUCAAAGAGGGACCACUUCAUUCUGGUGACAGACUCGAUGCAAUUGGUGAUUGAAGAAUUUGUUGCCACUGCGAGGAAAGUGAAGCUUGAAGUGCGCCCACUUCUUUUGCCACAUCUCGUACGAGUGGCUUCGCUGUUGGGGCCGGCACUUGUUAGUCUGACCUGGACAAAACCGGGAUGGAAAGAUUUCUGUCAAAAUACACGAGAUGAGAUAAAAACUUUUGACAUAUUGAUAGGAAGAGUUCACGAUGUAUAUGCGAAUAGAAUUCUUCAAGUUCUGUCCAGCAUGCAGAAAGUCAGUCUUCACGCUUUGCCUAAAUAUCAACCUUGGAACGUUGAAGAGUUUAUAGAAAAAACUGAAGAAACAUGCAGACUCGCAGCUGUCGAUUUACAUAGGAAGAGCUUAAUGAUCGAAGAGGCUGUUGAAGAAGUUCUUGAGCUGGUGAAGAAUGCGGCGGCGACCUUCAAAGGGACAAGCGAAAGUGAUCAAUUCGAUUUUCUUAAUAACGAAGGUUCGGAUGGUCAAGAUAAUGCUGACGAAACCACCCAACAACAACAGCAAGACUGGUCUGUUGUCUGGGCGUGUUUUGAUAACCCACAUCAACUUCUGACAACUCCUGGUGGUGGCUUAUCAAAAGGCAUGCAAGAGAUGGUACGUAACGCUGUAUCGGAGAUGAGGAGGUACUAUUCUCGAAAGGUCGUAGACGUGCUGAUAAAGGUUACGAGAAGUUCAUUGGAUGCUUUGAGAAAGAGAUUCGUUCGUGAAGUGGAUAGCGAAGAACCACCAAAUCCGGUAUUCCUGCUCCACGCAAUUUUGAUGAUACCAGCAGUGACGGUCAGGCCGAGCUUAGAGGAUGUCCAGGAGGCGCUGACGACGGCAGGUAAAAAAAUCGCUGCAGUAGCCAAGGGCGUAGCACAGUGGGAUGCUGGAAGCAACAAAGUUCCAGAGAAGGUCGUCACUGAACGGCAGAACGUCGAUUUGAACGACCCCAAGAUCAGGAGAAAGAGACUCUACAGGAUCAUCUCGGAGGACAAACCGGCAUUUCCUGUUCAGCAGAGAAACUUUCACAGUUUGGUCAUGGAGAACAAGGAGGUCAUCAAGAUGCUGUCGAUGCUGAGCACCUGUACGCAGGAGCUGCGCCAGGAUUUGACCAAUUUUUUGGAUCGAUGGAAACCGUACAAAUUCCUUUGGAAAAAUGAACGCAGUGUCAGGGAACUUUUGCAAAUUUCACUCCCCGAAUUCGAAACAAUAUUACGAAAACAUGGUGAAUUAGAAGAUAGACUAUCAACCGACCCGGACAUGAUGUAUUUUGGAACGUCCAUUGUCGUGUCAACUGAAAAACUGAAAUAUGGUCUUUAUACGGAGAUCAAAGGAUCUACUCGAAAAAUAGGCCAAGCCAUGAAGAAGAAGUAUCGUAGAGAAAUGGAGUACGUUUACGCAGUGAUGAACGAAAUGGAGCGUAAAUUGGAUCGACAGAUACGUGACCUGGAUGACGUGCGUCUAAUAAUGGAUACCCUGAAGAAGAUCCGCGAGCAAGAAGUGGACAUGGAACUCCGCAUAGACCCAAUAGAAGAAGCCUUCAACAUCGUCACCAGAUACGAAGUCCCAGUCGAUCGCGAGUGUUUGGAGCAAGUCGACAACCUCAGAUACACGUGGCAACAGCUUCAAGGUCGUGCCUUGGACAGCCACGUCCUCCUAUUGACUUUACAACCUCAGUUCGAGGAAGAGCUAAGGAACAACCUAGAAAAAUUCCGAAUCGACAACGAAGCUUACUGCGAGGAGUACAGAUGCUCUGGACCAAUGCAGCCUGGGCUGACACCUAGAGAAGCAUCCGAUAGGCAGAUACUGUUUCAGAACAGAUUCGAUGGCAUGUGGCGAAAGCUACAGACCUAUCAGAGCGGCGAAGAACUUUUUGGUCUUCCAACGACAGACUACCCCGAGCUGUCGCAGAUUAGAAAAGAGCUGAACCUUCUGCAGAAGCUGUACAAGUUGUACAACGAUGUUAUCGACAGAGUCAGCAGUUACUACGAUAUACCGUGGGGCGAGGUUAACAUAGAAGACAUAAACAACGAGCUUAUGGAAUUUCAAAAUCGCUGUCGCAAACUGCCCAAAGGCCUCAAGGAAUGGCCGGCGUUUUUCGCACUUAAAAAGACAAUAGACGACUUUAACGACAUGUGCCCCCUUCUGGAAUUAAUGGCGAACAAGGCAAUGAAGCCGCGUCACUGGCAGAGAAUAGUCGAGGUCACAGGUCAUACGUUUGACCUCGAGAGCGAAGGGUUCUGCUUAAAAAAUAUAUUGGAGGCGCCGCUUCUUAAAUACAAGGAGGACAUAGAGGACAUCUGUAUAUCGGCAAUGAAGGAGAGGGAUAUCGAGGCCAAGUUGAGGCAGGUCGUGAACGAAUGGUCCGCUCACGAGUUGACCUUUAUGACCUUUAAUAAUAGAGGUGAACUCUUGCUACGGGGUGACACCACUGCGGAAACUAUCGGGCAACUGGAGGACAGUCUAAUGGUUCUUGGAUCCCUUAUGUCCAAUCGCUAUAAUGCACCUUUCAGGAAGCAGAUACAACAGUGGGUCACUGACCUCUCUAACACCAAUGAAAUACUUGAGAGAUGGCUCCUCGUUCAGAAUAUGUGGGUCUACCUCGAGGCUGUCUUCGUGGGCGGUGACAUAGCUAAACAAUUGCCCAAAGAGGCCAAAAGAUUCAGUAAAAUUGAUAAGAGUUGGCAGAAAAUUAUGCAACGUGCACACGAAACUCCUGGUGUCGUGCCAUGUUGUGUUGGCGAUGACUUACUCAAACAACUUUUGCCACAUCUUCAGGAACAGCUCGAGCUGUGUCAAAAAUCAUUAAGCGGGUACUUGGAGAAGAAACGGAUGAUGUUCCCAAGAUUCUUCUUUGUAUCGGAUCCAGCACUUCUUGAGAUUCUGGGACAGGCAUCCGAUUCGCAUACCAUACAGAAUCAUUUGUUAUCUAUAUUUGAUAACACUAGAUAUGUGAAAUUUCACGAUAUUGAAUAUAAUAAGAUGACCGCAAUUGUCUCAUCGGAGGGAGAAACUAUUGCGCUGGAAAGAGCAGUAAGAGCUGAAGGAUCGGUAGAGACCUGGCUGAUGCAGCUUCUUCAAACGUCUCAACAGUCUAUUCACUCAAUUAUACGGCAAUCCAAUGGAAUGAUAAAUGAUCAGAAUUUCAAUCUCCUUGGCUUUUUGGAGAAAAUGCCAGCACAAGUGGGAAUAUUAGGUAUUCAGAUGAUCUGGACCAGGGAUGCUGAAUUAGCGUUGAUGCAAGCGAGAGCGGAUAAAAAAAUAAUGGGUGAAACAAACAACAGAUUUUUGGAACUGCUAAAUACACUAAUUGACCAAACUACCAGAGAUUUGACAAAAAUCGACAGAACCAAAUUCGAAACCUUGAUCACAAUCCAUGUACAUCAACGUGACAUUUUCGAUAUUCUGUGUCGAAUGAACGUCAGAUCAGUUAACGAUUUCGAGUGGCUAAAGCAAUGUCGGUUUUAUUUCAAAGAGGACUUGGACAAGACAGCCAUAUCCAUCACUGACGUUCAAUUCACGUAUCAAAAUGAAUAUCUUGGCUGCACGGAGCGUCUGGUUAUCACUCCAUUGACCGACAGGUGCUACAUCACUCUAGCUCAAGCACUGGCCAUGUCAAUGGGUGGGUCACCAUGUGGACCGGCAGGAACCGGAAAGACAGAAACCGUAAAAGAUAUGGGGAAGACAUUGGCCAAGUACGUGGUGGUGUUCAACUGUUCCGAUCAAAUGGACUACAGAGGAUUGGGUCGUAUUUAUAAAGGAUUGGCACAGAGUGGAUCCUGGGGAUGUUUUGACGAAUUUAAUAGGAUCGAAUUGCCAGUCCUCUCUGUAGCAGCGCAGCAGGUCGCGGUUGUCCUGGCUGCAAAGAAGGAAAAGAAGAAGCAAUUCGUCUUUACCGACGGUGAUCAGAUAGACCUGUGCCCAGAGUUGGGUAUAUUUAUAACGAUGAAUCCAGGAUAUGCGGGUAGGAAGGAACUUCCGGAAAAUCUAAAGAUACAAUUUCGUACCGUCGCUAUGAUGGUACCAGACAGACAGAUCAUCAUCAGAGUGAAAUUGGCUAGUUGUGGAUUCUUGGAAAAUAUCACGUUAGCUAGAAAGUUUUAUACUCUUUAUAAAUUGUGCGAGGAGCAACUUACUAAACAGGUUCACUAUGAUUUUGGACUAAGGAACAUUCUCUCGGUUCUUAGAACCCUAGGAGCAUCUAAAAGAGUAAAUUCCAAAGAUUCAGAGAGCACCAUAGUCAUGAGAGUACUCAGAGAUAUGAAUCUGUCAAAGUUGAUAGAUGAAGAUGAGCCAUUAUUCAUAUCAUUGGUGGCAGAUCUCUUUCCUAAUCAGGCUCUCGAAAAGACUUCUUAUCCUACCCUAGAAGCAGCCAUAGAUCAGCAAGUUCAAGAAGCUGGUUUUGUUUAUCAUCCACCGUGGGUUCUUAAACUAAUCCAAUUGUACGAAACACAACGAGUCAGACAUGGCAUAAUGACUUUAGGUCCAACUGGUGCAGGGAAGACCACUUGCAUCCAGAUACUGAUGAGAGCACUGACUCAGUGCGGUGAUAGUCACAGAGAAAUGCGAAUGAAUCCAAAGAGCAUAACAGCAGCGCAGAUGUUUGGACGAUUGGACGUAGCAACUAAUGACUGGACCGAUGGAAUAUUUUCAGCGUUAUGGCGUAAGACCUUGAAAUUGAAAAAGGGAGAGUACGUCUGGCUCGUGCUGGAUGGACCAGUCGAUAGUAUUUGGAUCGAAAACCUUAAUUCGGUCCUUGACGACAAUAAAACCCUGACCUUAGCCAAUGGCGACAGAUUAGCUAUGGCGCCUACCUGCAAGAUCAUUUUCGAACCGCACAAUAUAGACAAUGCUAGUCCCGCCACUGUUUCACGAAAUGGGAUGGUCUAUAUGAGCUCUUCCGGUUUGGAUUGGAAGCCGGUAGUGACUGCGUGGCUCAAAAGACGCACUACAUUGGAAGAGGAAGUUUUUGAGAAGGCUUUUAACGAUUCCUUUGCGUCGACCUACGCCUGGAGUACACAAACGUUACUGCUGGCCAUUAAGGUUUUACAGUGCAACAUAGUACGUCAAAUGUUAUGUCUUUUAGAAGGCUUGGUCCCUCCCGAGAUACCCGUAGAGGUUGAUGAAGACGAUGAUGACAUAGAGAAGGACAAGCCACAGCCAAUGACCCCGGAUCAUCUACAACGGUUAUACGUCUUCGCCCUGGUCUGGGGAAUUGGUGCUCUUCUAGAGACUGAGGAUCGUCGCAAAUACGACGAGUACCUGCGACAGAACAUGGAGAAUUUUGAUCUUCCUACUUCGGAAAAGUAUCCAAAUGCGACAGUUUUUGAUUUCAUGGUGAAUGAAAAGGGAAAGUGGGAUACCUGGACCACGAUGGUCACUAAUUACAUUUAUCCCGAUUAUGCCACUCCGGAUUAUAGCAGCAUCCUUAUACCCAUACCAGAUAAUGUAAGGAUUCAGUAUCUGAUAGAUCUUAUAGGACGACAGGACAGGGCUGUCCUGCUGAUUGGAGAGCAGGGCUCGGCGAAAACGGUGAUGAUGAAGUCAUACAUGAAGAAGGCUAAUCCUGAGACCACUCUCGGUAGAUCCUUCAACUUCAGCUCAGCAACAACGUCAUAUCAAUUCCAAAAGACUAUUGAAAGCUACAUUGAGAAACGUAUGGGCAGCACGUUCGGCCCGCCAGGUGGCAAGAAGAUGUUGGUUUUCAUAGAUGACAUUAAUCUACCCCAGAUAAACGAAUGGGGAGAUCAGGUCACUAAUGAGAUUGUAAGACAGACGAUGGAUAUGAAAGGAUUCUACUCCCUGGAGAAACCAGGUGACUUCACGACAAUCGUAGACGUCACGUUUCUCGGCGCCAUGUGUCAACCAGGUGGUGGAAGAAACGAUAUACCAUCCAGACUCAAGAGACAGUUCUGCAUCUUCAAUUGUACUCUACCAAACGACUCCUCCAUCGAUAGGAUCUUCAGUGUCCUCGGCGAAGGUCACUACAAUUCCAAGAGAGGAUUUUCAACGGAGAUCAGAAGUCUCGUCAAGAAGUUGGUACCACUGACCAGAAUACUGUGGCAGCGGACCCGUGCUAAAUUGUUACCUACUCCUGCCAAGUUUCACUACGUCUUCAGUCUCCGCGACCUCUCUCGUAUUUGGCAGGGAAUGGUAGGCACUCUCUCGACCGUCAUCGAAAGGGAAAGUAUUUUAAUGCUUCUGUGGAAGCACGAGUGCACACGGGUCUUCAGUGACAGGUUCACGUUGCAGUCGGACAAAGACUGGUUGGAUAAAGAACUGGUACUCGUUAUUAAAGAAGUUCUUGGUGAACGCUUUACUCAGAUGGUGGAACCUGAACCGGCAUUCGUGGACUUUAUGAGGGACGCACCGGAACCCACCGGAGAGGAAGGUGAGGAUGCGGACAUGGAACUACCAAAAGUGUACGAGCCUGUGUUCGACCAACAAAUUCUCAAGGAUAGACUAGAGAUGUUCUUAUCGCAGUACAAUGAGAUGCAACGUGGAGCUGGAAUGGAUCUGGUCUUCUUCCCGGACGCCAUGUUGCACCUGGUGAAGAUUUCAAGGGUCAUAAGACAUCCCAGGGGAAACGUGAUGCUGGUCGGUGUGGGUGGUUCCGGGAAGCAAAGUUUAACUAAAUUGUCAUCAUUUAUAGCUGGCUACAAGACGUUUCAAAUAGCACUGACGAGGUCGUACAACGUAACGAAUUUUCUGGAGGACUUGAAAUUCCUGUACCGUUCGUGUGGUGCUCAGGGUAAGGGCACCACUUUUAUUUUCACUGACCUUGACAUUAAAGAGGAAGGCUUCCUUGAGUACCUGAAUAACAUUCUCAGCUCUGGUGUUAUCAGCAAUCUCUUUACUCGUGACGAGCAGGCUGAGAUAAUAUCAGAACUGACACCCUCUCUUAAAAGAGAGAAUCCAAAGAGGACACUGAACAAUGAGCUCGUGAUGGAAUAUUUCCUUCAGAGGACGUGCCAGAACCUCCAUGUAGUCUUCUGUUUCUCACCGGUGGGUGAGAAAUUCAGGAACAGGGCGCAAAGAUUCCCAGCUCUAAUAUCCGGUUGCACUAUAGACUGGUUUCAACCCUGGCCUAAAGACGCUCUGAUUCUGGUAGCUCAGCAUUUCCUCCAUGAUUUUGAAAUCGCUUGUACACCAGAAGUCAAAGGUCACUUAGUGAACGCCCUGGGUUCUAUACAGGAUGUAGUCGCUGAAACUUCCACUGAGUACUUUCAACGUUUCAGAAGAGCCACCCAUGUCACACCAAAGUCUUACCUGAACUUCAUCGGGGGCUACAAGAAUAUUUAUCGUACAAAGCAGCACGAACUGGGUGAAGGUGCCAAGAGGAUGGACACUGGUUUAGCUAAGUUAGAGGAAGCUUCUAUAUCCGUGGAAUUGCUGAAGAGAGACCUGGCUCUGAUGGAGCAGGAAUUGGCUCAGGCAUCCCAGAAAGCUGAAACUGUAUUACUGGAAGUGACUGAAAGAGCCAUGCAGGCUGAGACCUUUAAGAAUCAGGUUCAAAAGGUCAAAGAGAAGGCGGAACAAUUGGUUGGAUGUAUAGCUGAAGAGAAAGCACUGGCGGAACAAAAGUUGGAAGCUGCGAAACCAGCUCUUGAGGAAGCGGAAGCAGCCUUAAACACAAUAAAACCAGCUCACAUAGCGACUGUUAGAAAACUGGGUCGACCUCCUCAUCUGAUCAUGAGAAUCAUGGACUGCGUCCUGAUCUUGUUUCAGAGAAAACUGGGUCCAAUUGUACCAGACACAACCGCAUCAUGUCCUAAGCCCUCCUGGGCCGAAUCCCUUAAAAUGAUGGCGAGUACUACCUUCCUUUUACAGUUACAAAACUACCCUAAGGACAUUAUUAAUAAUGAAAUGGUCGAGCUUUUACAACCCUAUUUCAAAAUGGAGGACUAUAAUAUGGAGACUGCCAGAAGAGUCUGUGGUGACGUGGCAGGACUCUUGUCCUGGACCAAAGCAAUGGCGUUCUUCCACUCGGUGAACAAGGAAGUCCUUCCUCUAAAGGCAAAUCUCACUUUACAAGAAGCGAGACUCAAGGUAGCUAUGGAGGACCUGGCAAAUGCUGAGAGGGAAUUAUCCGAGAGAGAGAUGGCGCUGCAAGCUGUAAAGGAACAAUACGAUGCUGCGGUUUCGGAGAAACAAAGAUUAACGGACGCAGCCAAUGUUUGUCUCAGAAAAAUGACCGCUGCCACGGCUUUGAUUAAUGGAUUAGGCGGUGAGAAGAUCAGGUGGACCGAACAGUCUGGAGAGUUUAAGGUUCAACUAGGUAGACUAGUUGGAGAUGUUUUAUUGGCAACUGGAUUUCUAUCUUACUGUGGACCAUACAAUCAGCAAUAUAGAGCAGGCUUGGUGAUCUCUUGGAUGGAAAUUUUGACGAUCCGAAAUAUCCCAUUUACUCAAAAUUUGAACAUCACUAACAUGCUCGUUGACACGGCCACAGUUUCCGAAUGGACGCUUCAAGGUCUACCGAAUGACGAAUUAUCAGUGCAGAACGCUUUGAUCGUCACUAAAUCAUCGUCAUACCCAUUGCUGGUGGAUCCGCAGAACCAGGGUAAAAUGUGGAUAAAGAAUAAGGAGGCUUCAAACGAGUUACAAAUUACAUCUCUGAAUCACAAAUACUUCAGGACUCACCUGGAGGACAGUUUAUCGCUUGGAAGACCACUGUUGAUCGAGGACGUUGCCGAAGAGCUAGAUCCCGUAAUCGACAACGUGCUCGAGAAGAACUUCAUAAAAUCUGGAUCCAUAGAAAAAGUGAUUGUAGGUGACAAAGAGUGCGACGUCAUGCCUGGAUUCAUGCUCUACAUAACAACCAAGUUACCAAAUCCUGCUUAUAGUCCUGAGAUAUCAGCCAAGACCUCAAUUAUCGAUUUCACUGUGACUAUGCAGGGUUUGGAGGAUCAGCUACUAGGUCGAGUGAUCCUAAUGGAAAAGGCUGAUCUGGAGGCUGAACGCGUUGCUCUAUUUGAAUCAGUAAUGACCAAUCAACGAUCAAUGAAAGAGCUGGAGAGCACUCUGCUUCAUAGAUUAACAUCCUCGGAAGGUUCACUGGUGGAUGAUGAAGCCCUCAUAGGAGUUCUUCGUGAGACGAAAUCUACAGCGGAAUCCGUUAACGAGAAACUCCAGGUGUCCGCGUUGACCGAGAGGAAGAUCACUGUAGCCAGAGAAGAGUUCAGAGCAGUAGCGGCAAGAGGGUCCAUCCUCUACUUCUUGAUCGUGGAAAUGAGCAACGUGAACGUCAUGUACCAAAACUCUUUAAAACAAUUCCUAACGAUAUUCGACGCCUCCAUCACCAAGUCCGCCAAGAGCAACAUCACCAGCGAGCGCAUCGACAUCAUCCUACGUCAUCUGACGUACGAAGUCUGGGGAUUCACCCUGAGGAGUCUCUACGAGAGACACAAACCCCUCUUCACCCUGAUGCUGGCUAUGAAAAUAGACUGUCACCGAGGUGCGAUAUCUCAUGCUGAAUUUAUGGCCUUUAUCAAGGGCGGCGCGUCUUUGGAUCUUAAUGCGGUAGCACCCAAACCCUUCAAGUGGAUCCUGGACAUAACGUGGCUGAAUCUGGUGGAGAUAAACAAACUCGAGGUCUUCUCCGAGGUGCUGACGAAGAUUGAAUUCAAUGAGAAAGAAUGGAAACAUUGGUACGAGAAGGAGAAACCUGAAGAAGAGGAACUGCCUUGUGGCUAUCAAAAGAGUCUUGACGUCUUCAGGAAGCUGCUCCUAAUUAGAUCCUGGAGUCCUGAUCGUACUCUGUCGCAAGCAAGGAAAUACAUCAUUGAGUCUCUUGGUAAAGAAUAUGGAGAAGCCAGGAUUUUGGAUCUGGAGGCAACCUGGCUGGAAUCUGAACCAAGGACUCCACUUAUUUGUAUACUGUCCGUUGGUUCGGAUCCUAGUCCACAGAUCACUGCGUUAGCCAAGCAAAAAUCAGCACCGCUAAGAUCGGUAUCUAUGGGCCAAGGUCAAGAAUUUCACGCUCGUAGAAUGAUCAAUGAUGCCAUGACCUGCGGAGGUUGGGUACUUUUGCAAAAUAUACAUCUGUCACUUCCGUUUUGUACCGAAGCAAUGGACGCUCUUGUAGAAACCGAUAAUAUCAAUGAAUCAUUUCGACUAUGGAUGACUACUGAAGUGCAUGCUCAAUUCCCUAUCGGUCUACUUCAGAUGGCAAUAAAAUUUACGAAUGAACCACCUCAAGGCAUUCGCGCUAGCUUGAAAAGGACUUAUCACGGUGUCACGCAGGAUGCUUUGGAUUACAGUACACAACCACAAUGGCCGCCAUUGUUAUACGCCGUUGCAUUUUUACACACCGUUGUACAGGAACGUAGAAAAUUUGGUCCCCUAGGUUGGAACGUGCCAUACGAAUUUAAUCAAGCGGAUUUUGCAGCGUCCAUACAGUUCAUACAGAAUCACUUGGACGACAUGGAUCCUAAGAAAGGCGUAUCCUGGCCUACCGUUUGUUACAUGCUUGGAGAGGUUCAGUACGGUGGUCGAGUUACCGACGACUUUGACAAACGUCUUCUGACUACCUUCACGCACGUUUGGUUCUGCGACGUGCUUCUUCGGCCAGGAUUUGAAUUUUAUCGUGGCUACAGGGUUCCUCAAACUCGAAGUCUUCAGGGAUAUAUCGAUUAUAUUAAUGGAUUGCCCGCUACCGACACGCCCGAAGUUUUUGGUCUUCACUCAAAUGCUGAUAUUACCUAUCAGAUUAAUACAGCCAAGGGUAUUUUGGACACCAUUCUCAAUGUACAGCCGAAAGAAGGUGGCGCUCAGGGCGGGGAGACCCGAGAAAGCGUUGUUUAUAAAUUGGCCGAAGACAUGUUGGCAAAAUUGCCCCAACAAUACAAUGCUUUUGAAGUCCGAGAGGCAUUGCAGAGAAUGGGAGCAUUGUUCCCCAUGAAUAUAUUUUUAAGGCAGGAAAUAGAUAGGAUAACCAGAGUGAUAAGUGAGGUUCACACAACCUUAACUGAUUUAAAAUUAGCUAUAGAUGGUACUAUAGUUAUGAGUCAAGGUUUACGGAAAUCCUUGGAUGCCAUGUAUGACGCGCGUAUUCCAGAAAGGUGGCUCAAGGUUUCCUGGGAAUCGGCAACACUUGGUUUUUGGUAUACCGAACUUUUGGAAAGGGAUCAUCAGUUUCGGCAAUGGUGCAAUAAUGGCCGCCCAAGCGUCUUCUGGAUGACGGGCUUUUUCAAUCCUCAAGGUUUCUUGACUGCGAUGCGACAAGAAGUCACGAGAGCUCACAAAGGAUGGGCCUUGGACUCUGUAGUUCUGCAAAAUCUGAUAACGCGAUACAACAAAGAAGACGUCAAGGAGCCACCGCAAGAGGGCGUCUACGUCCAUGGAUUAUUUCUAGAGGGAGCGUCUCUUGAUCGAAAAUCGGGAAAAUUAGUUGAAAGUAAACCAAAGGUUCUUUAUGAGCAGAUGUCAGUUAUCUAUAUCUAUGCGAUAAACACCACUGCGGGAAAGGAUCCGAAAUUAUACGAAUGUCCUAUCUACAGAAAACCGCAAAGAACAGAUCAGAAAUACGUUGGUUCGAUUGAUUUUGAAACAGAUUACAAUCCGAGGCACUGGACGCUUCGUGGUGUUGCAUUGUUGUGCGAUAUAAAAUAAAUAAACUUUUAACAAUGAUCAAA